AGUGAAAACUUCAGUGAAAUGAGAGAGCACGGAGCCUGCCAGUCGCCCGCCCUGCACACACACACACACAAACACAUUUAACUUCCCACUUGCAGUGUGACCUGCCCUCCAGUGUGACUUAUCAGCUGUUUGGCUUUUGUCACUAAAGGAAAACAAAUUGUGGAAUGUCCUGCUCUGCAUGCUUAUGAGAUGGCCGAGCUAACUUAGGGGUUAUGAGGUGGUUUGCAAGUGAGGAGAAUAAUGAUCUUCAGUUUCUGACCUCCUGGCACGGUGGCGGGCGGUAUUUAUCAGGAGGUACAUGUGACUGGUUAAGACUCAGAGCCCCAGCCUGAAGGAAACAGCUGCUCUCGGCGUGCUCCGGCACUUGGCAGCUGGACAGGCAGAGUGCUGAUGUGAAAAAUACCACCAUGACAAAACCACCCCAGUUCUCCAAAGUACUUAUCACUCAGGUUGAAUAAACCAGUUCUACAGACUGCGUCUUCCAUGCAUUUCCCAAUGGUGCUAACUGCCCUUAAAAUUAUUUCAGAUUUGGAACUCUAUCUGUAUGGAAACAACAGAGUUUUCUUGAAGUACAACUAAGGACAGGUCACCACUAGGCACUAACGUCACUGACUUGCAUGAUUAUGGAGAUGGUCUAUCUGAUGCUGAAAAUGUCUCUGGUUUUUUGACAACGGCUAAAUAACCAUGGGAUCAAGUGGCCUUGGGAAAGCAGCAACAUUAGAUGAACUGCUGCACACUUGCAUUGAGAUGUUUGAUGACAAUGGAGAACUGAAUAAUAGUUACUUGCCAAGAAUAGUUCUACUGAUGCACCGAUGGUAUUUAUCUUCCACUGAAUUGGCAGAAAAACUUCUCUGCAUGUAUCGAAAUGCCACUGGAGAAAGCUGCAAUGAAUUUCGGUUAAAGAUCUGCUACUUUAUGAGGUACUGGAUUCUGAAAUUUCCUGCAGAGUUUAAUUUGGAUCUUGGUUUGAUUCGUAUGACUGAGGAAUUCCGGGAAGUAGCUAGUCAACUAGGAUAUGAAAAACACGUCAGCCUCAUCGACAUAUCCAGCAUUCCUUCCUAUGACUGGAUGAGAAGAGUCACACAGAGGAAAAAAGUAUCCAAGAAGGGAAAAGCCUGUCUGCUGUUUGACCAUCUGGAGCCCAUUGAAUUGGCUGAGCACCUCACUUUUCUGGAGCAUAAAUCUUUUAGAAGGAUCUCAUUCACUGAUUACCAAAGCUAUGUCAUCCAUGGCUGCCUGGAGAAUAAUCCAACUUUGGAAAGAUCGAUAGCUUUAUUUAACGGAAUCUCUAAGUGGGUCCAAUUGAUGGUUCUUAGCAAACCAACCCCCCAGCAAAGGGCAGAAGUCAUCACAAAGUUUAUCAAUGUUGCAAAGAAGCUCCUUCAGCUCAAAAAUUUUAACACCCUGAUGGCAGUGGUGGGAGGCCUCAGUCAUAGUUCCAUUUCACGCCUCAAAGAGACGCAUUCUCAUCUUUCUUCAGAAGUUACAAAGAACUGGAAUGAAAUGACAGAGUUGGUCUCCUCCAACGGUAAUUACUGCAAUUACCGCAAGGCCUUUGCCGACUGCGAUGGCUUCAAAAUCCCCAUCCUUGGAGUACACUUGAAAGACUUGAUAGCAGUCCAUGUCAUUUUCCCAGACUGGACGGAGGAGAACAAGGUGAACAUUGUGAAAAUGCACCAGCUCUCCGUUACCCUGAGUGAACUAGUCUCCCUGCAGAAUGCCUCUCACCACCUAGAACCCAACAUGGAUUUGAUCAACCUGCUCACACUUUCCCUUGACCUCUAUCACACUGAAGAUGAUAUUUACAAACUGUCACUGGUGCUGGAGCCUAGAAAUUCUAAAUCGCAGCCUACCUCCCCUACGACACCCAACAAGCCUGUGGUGCCCCUCGAGUGGGCAUUAGGGGUGAUGCCAAAGCCAGACCCCACGGUCAUCAACAAGCACAUAAGGAAAUUAGUUGAGUCUGUAUUUAGAAACUAUGAUCAUGACCAUGACGGGUACAUUUCCCAAGAGGACUUUGAAAGUAUAGCUGCCAAUUUUCCCUUCUUGGAUUCCUUCUGUGUGCUGGACAAAGAUCAGGAUGGCCUAAUUAGUAAAGAUGAAAUGAUGGCUUACUUCCUGAGAGCGAAAUCCCAACUACACUGUAAAAUGGGACCAGGAUUUAUCCAUAAUUUUCAGGAGAUGACCUAUCUCAAACCAACCUUCUGCGAACACUGUGCAGGAUUCCUCUGGGGCAUAAUCAAGCAAGGAUACAAAUGCAAAGACUGUGGAGCCAAUUGUCACAAACAGUGCAAAGACCUCCUGGUUCUGGCCUGCAGGAGAUUUGCCCGGGCGCCCUCCUUGAGCAGUGGUCAUGGGUCACUGCCUGGAAGCCCCUCGCUGCCCCCAGCACAGGAUGAGGUGUUUGAGUUCCCUGGAGUCACUGCUGGACACAGGGAUUUAGACAGUAGAGCCAUCACACUGGUUACAGGCUCUUCUCGCAAGAUCUCCGUGAGGCUACAGAGGGCCACCACCAGCCAGGCCACCCAGACUGAACCUGUCUGGUCAGAGGCUGGCUGGGGGGACUCAGGGUCCCACACCUUCCCUAAAAUGAAAUCCAAGUUCCAUGACAAAGCAGCAAAGGACAAAGGCUUUGCCAAAUGGGAAAAUGAGAAGCCCAGGGUGCAUGCUGGUGUGGACGUUGUAGACCGGGGCACGGAUUUCGAACCUGACCAGGAUGAAGGAGAAGAGACCAGACAGGAUGGUGAGAUAGCCUGUCCAGAAGAGGUGUGAAACAACAGUCAUAAGAAGUCAAAGCUUAACUUACAGGAGAAGCAGGAAGGCACCCCAGAGUUCCUUUCCCAUGGUCUCCAAUUCUUAUGUCGCACUCUGGCUGUUCAAAGAGAUCCCUCUUUCAUCUAUAUUCUUCUCAGGACUCCCUUCCCCCUACUUUCCUCACCCCAUUCCCUUCAAAACAACAAUAAAACUUUCAAAGCACUUCUUGGCAUAGUCCUCUUUGUGCCAGUAUCAUCCCCUGGUGUGCUGAUUUCAGCCUGGUAUAAUGAGGGCUGCAAUCUGCUUCAGGUAAUUCAGUUGAAGGUAUAAAUAUUCAAUCCCAUUCCUUUAACAUUCCCAAUGACAUUUCAAUUUUUAUAAAAGAUGAUUAAGAAUCAUUUGAAUCUUAGGAUUUCCGGUUAUGUGACAAAGUGAGAUUCUUCUGACAUUAUAACAAAACCAGGUUUGGAAAAAGAUAUUUUCAAGGCUCUCAGGUCCUACUAGAAGCAGAAAAAACUCAACUUGUGUAUCAAAUUUCCUAUACCCAAAAUGUAAUGCUAGAAGGAUACAGUCCAUAAUUUUAGCAAAUCAUUUCUGAAAGGCUGCCAACUCCUGUUCCAAAACAAUAAAUACAUCUAAGUUUCUGGAAAGGUCAUUCUAAAUGGAUUUGACACUGUAAAAUCUUAACGUGUUCCAUACAGCAAACUGUAUUUAUGAGUUAAAACGUCAAAACAGUAAAACCCCACUGUUAUGACAAUAACCACUGUUUUUGUACAUAAGGCUUUAUUAGAACACUGCCACACUCACUCAUUUAUAUAUUGUCUAUGGCUGCUUUCACGCUGUAACAGCAAAGGUAUGUAGUUGUGACAGAGAACUUAGGGCCACAAAGCCAAAAAUAUUUACUAUCUGGCCCUUUUAGAAAAAGUUUGCCAACUCUUGUUCUAGAAAAUCACAUACUACAUGAUUUAAUACAUUGGUUCUGUAAAUUUGGGAUAACAUAGUUCAGGUAUUCACAAAAUUAGGUUACCAAUAUCAUUACCGUGAAAAAACUUUAAUCGUAAUCGAUGUGUUCAAAGCACUGGGAAACGCACUGAAGAUAAAAUUUUUUAAAACAUCAAAAAGAUGAUCUCUUCCGACAAUCUAGUUAGGAAUAAAGAAUAUAUGCAAAAAUAAAAGAUGAAUAGUUCUUCAUCUACUAGGAACUCAGAUCUCUUACUUACUUAAUUUACAUAAGGGUAACACUCUGAGAACCAUAAAAGGCCAAUAAAGAGCCAGAGUCCUUAAUCUGAUACAUGAGAGCUUUUCAGCCACUCACUCAAAGGCUAUUCUAUUUUACCAACAAUUCUAAUGAGGCUGGUUUGUUUUCCCCCCUAAAAUACAAUGUAAUAAAAGAUUCGAAUCAGUGAGGUAAGGGUGCUGGAAAAGUAAAAUUAUAGCAUCCAGAUGUGACAACUGGUACUUCGAAAGAUGAGAAAUAUUUACACAGACCAAGUAGAAAAUGAGUACAUGUACGUAAAUGCUAGAAUAAAGACAGGUUACAAACUGAGAAUAUUUUAGAAAGGGAGAAUCGGCAGAAGCAAAGAUAAAGAGGGAAACAGUGGUAUAUAUAUGUAGGAAGAAUAUAAAAAGUGAGUGACCACUAGAUGAUUUAGUCAUGUAAUUGAAGACCAAAUAGCUGUAUAUUCUUGAAAAGCUUUUGAGGUGAUGAUAGCACAUUAAAAUAAAGUCUAGAAUUAUGACCCAGAGUCCAA